AGUGUCAUUCUCUUCAUAUUUUUCAUAGGUGCUUUGUUUAUACCUGAUAUCUCGUGAAAUGCAGCAUAUUUCGAGUUGGUUGCAUAGAAUUUUACACCAUAUCACAAUUUAAGGCAUAGAGAAAAUAUCAGUCGCAAUCAUGGACGUGCUUAGACCAAAAACUGUUCCUCUAUCCGACGAAACAAUUUUGUGGUUCGAGUUUUUGCUCAAACCAAAUUUACUAACAGCGCAUCUAGUCAAUUCAGCCCCAGAUCCUUCUCCAACGGAGUUGAUUACUCAGUUCCUGUCGAUUGCGCCCGGUAAUCAAGAUGCGACUGAGCCGAAUUCGCCUGAGGCUGAUAGUAUGAACAAAAACGAGGGACUCAAAUACAGCAAGAAACAGUUGGCGUUAAAAAUUCUGGCUCUAAAAGUAGCUGCAUUUCUACGUUGGGAUUUAGACCUGCUAGAAAAGAAUCUCCCUCUGCAGAAGCAAAUACAAUUAUUGAGUGAUUUAUGCAGCGUAACUGCUGGCAAAGCCGUUAAUCUACCACUUUCGUUGGUACAUGAAUGUCCAAUCAUCGGCCCAGAGGGCUCGAAACAUUCUUUGAACUUCGCUUUGACACUUUAUCAUCGGUGGGUGUUGCGAGCCUUAAUGAUUCGUGGCUCAGUGGCUAAAAAUUCGAAACCGUUUGGCAUGGUGGCAGGAGUUACCGAUGCAACUCAAUAUUCAAUGAGAGAUGAAUCGUUUAUCAAUUUUUUGGAGCCAUUUACGAAUAUAAGCAUCGAUUUUCUAAAUCAGGUGAUUUCAGAUUCGGAACCGUUCCGUGUUUUGACGUACGAUACGUUUGUUGCUCUUGAUGCUCAUGUUGAUGGAGUUCAGCAGAGAUUUGAUAAUGCUUUAGUUAUUUCGAAUGCCGAACUGAGAUCGCAAAUCCACUACGAUUUGUGUCUAUACUACUUAUAUGCGCAAAAGUAUGAGUUGGCGAAGCAGAACAUUCUUCUUGCUAAGGAAAAUUACGACAUAAUAAAGCAGGAAUACAGUAAGAAAUCGAGCAAAACCUUCCUUUACUGCCGUGUUGAAGAAACUCAACUGCAGGGAUACAUGAUGGCAUGCGGCGUGACGGGAGGGUCUGUCGGUUUGUUACAAAGGCUCAACGAAUCGGUAAUGGAUCACUAUGCAGGUAUUGUAUCGAUUUUGAAAGAGGAUAACAUCAAACGAGAAAUACCCAUGACUCAGCGAAAAAUUCUCGAGUUGAAUGUUGAGGGUUACGUUUCUAUGGGUAGCCCGGAAGUAGGAACUAGUGAUCAAAAAGAACUAGAACUAGCGGUUGUAGCACUGAACGUUAUUCGCCAUGUGCUAGAUGGCGAUAAUAUUUUGGGAUCCAAUGUAGCACUUCAGAAGUAUCGACAGCAACAGUUAAAACUGAUAGAAUUAAUGCUUCAGUAUGGAGAAGAACAGUUCGAGGAGUACAGUUUGACUGAGAGGGAACAGCUGAAAAAGUAUUUUAUUCGUACUCUUAGUCUUCUCGGAAAUUCCAAUGGUGUUGAAACAAUUUUGAAAAAUUAUCAAAAGCUGGUUUCAUUGCAGGAGUUCGAAGAUUUAAAAAAGCAGAAGACUAAGGAUGAUGUACAGUUUACCGGUAUUGGGAUACAGGCAGACUGGACUGUAUGUGAAUCUAAGAUGCUCCGCUUAGACGUCGGUACCUACGAGCGACAGUUGAUUACUUGUACACAUGCUAGUGGUGUUCGCAAAAUGCUAGUUAAACUGGCCGGAACUAAUCCAACAAAACCUCUUUGGAGCAUCAAUCCUAGCUGGUCCAUUCCGCUGCCAAUGAAGCAACUUUUAAUGUCUCUGCAGCGUGGAUUCUUGCAGGACUUUGCAUACAUUCUAGUUGGUAAAUCAAGAGAGCUUGCAGCAAAGAAGGACUAUUCGGCAGCAAUUGCGCUGCUAACUUGUUUGAAGAGUGAAACUACUAGGCAAGAUCUAGCGAAUAACCCACUCGUGCAAAAAUUGGGAAAACUCGCAGCAUGGGAAGGUCUACUAAUUCAAAUUCAACAGGUGUUGGAUGAAUGGCCCAAGAAACCUACGGACCAAGCUCAAUUUCUACGAAACUGUAAACAAUGUUUGAAUGCUAGUAACAACAACGACGUGGCGCCACGGGCGAAAAUUCUCGAACAUUGUGCAGUCAUGUUAUUGAAUUUUAGCGAUUGGAAUAGUCUAUUGAACCCAGAUAAGCGAUACCCUGCAUUGGAACUAUGCUUUGCUGUAACACAGGCUUUUUUGGAUAUAGAGAAGUUCAAAGGAACCAAAAAGACAAGUCGCGAAGCAUGGGAUCUUAUAUUGCCUAUGUUCAUAAACCAGCAAACGUCCCGACAACGUCACGCGACAGAUAAUUCGGCAGGGCUACAAUUGUUCUUAUCGAAGCUACGGGAGCCUCUAGUUAUUUCCAUAGUUCUUUCUUUGCUGGCUCGUCUUCACAACAUCCUAAAGGAUGAGACAAAUCUUGAUAUCAAUGCAGAAUACAUGUUUCUAUGGCCUACCAAUGUUAGCAAUCCUGCUGUUUACAACAUCAAAAUGGUUGCGGAAACGUUAAACAAUUUAUUACUGCAGUCAUUAAAAUUCUAUCCAAAUAACGUACCAUGGAUUAAGUUGAAAGGUGACUUGGAAUUCUGUUCUGGUAACUAUGAAGCAGCCAUGCGCUACUAUGUAACAGCGCUCAUUUCCGGUUCGGAAUAUUGCACUAUACACCUGCAGAGGCCACUUUUGGAUGAUUUCAUUGUUCGAAGAAUGAUAAAAUGUUGCUCCAAUCUAGGCUGCUUCAUGCAGGCUGCAGUGUUGUGCCAGUUUUUGGAUGAAACUGAUUACGGGUUAGCAUUUAAAAGUAUUAGCGAGAAAACAUCUAGCUUUUCGGACGCUAUGGAUUCGUACUACGGCUGUAUCUGGGACCCGACGUUAUUGGAAUUUAUUGUUAACUGGCAUUUCAAAAAAGGAGAGCACAAACGCCGGCUCCAAGCAAUUUCUUACUUAGGCCAGCUUGAGCUUAAUGCUAACAACAACGAGGAAAUUAAACGUGAAGCAGCAGCCAUACGAAAAACACAUUUUCUGCGAUCUCUUGCUAAACAAUAUAUGUUGUAAUUCAAAUAAAUUCGAUGCGUUCGAGCGAUUACAAGUUUAUUGGAGAUAAAUUUGACAUGAAACAAUACUUAUUAUUAUAAAUAAUGAA